AUGUCGCUGGCCUCCGCUGUGGGGUGCGGCACAAAUCAAUUACAGUCGCGGCAACAAGAUUCGUUGCAGGCAAUCGUGAACAAACAUAUCCAGGACCCUGCCCUGCGAGAGCUCAACAGUAGCCAGACCUCCACAGAGCGGGGGGUUCAACGCUGGGAGCAGGCGCACCUUGUCUCUGCCUUGGAUGUGAUUAACGAGUACCAGCGGUCACGCCGGGCCCGCGUCUUCAAGGCACUGGGAGACUUUGGACCCAGUUGGAGGCGAUCCUACAAGAACGAUCCCAGGACCCGGAUGUGUGAACUGCUGAAGACCUGGCUCCGUUCGAAUGCCGGGAGCAGUGCGCUAGCAGAGGAGGAGGUCCGCAGUAUGUGUGGACUCUGCCGCGACAUCCUCAGCCACCCGCACCUCUUUCCAGCGCGCAAUCCGCAGAGCUUUCUCAAGAGCAUCGCUGACGUUUAUGACCACCUGCAGUGGCAGUUGCAAGAGGUCUUGGAGAAGGACCGAAGUUGUGCAGAGCUCGCUCACCGGCUGAUCUCGCUGAGUCGCAAUCUUGUUGCUGACACCAUAGCAUACCUACUGCUGGCUCCCACUGACCUCAAGGACACGGAUGGAAUGCCAUCCUUGGAGGUGGUCAAACUGUGGCAGUCCCUUCCAGAUGAGAAUCAUCCUAUGCCGCAUCGCAAAGAUCCGGCUUUGCAGAAGUUGAUGUCAGAGGCCUGGAACACUCGCUGUGGUGCCUUGGUUGCGGCCCUUCUGCGAGCGCCUUGGUGUGUUCGUCUGUUCGCUGGGGCGGAUGCGGAGAACACUGCCAGACUUGCAGCCCUAGAGAACGGAGAGGUCACGCAGAUAUCCAGCACCUCGCUGCAAGAUCUGCUUCGACAGGCACGCAUAGCCUUUCAGACUGGGAACUACAAGGCCAGCGGGCUUGUUGGCGCGCUUCGUGGGGAGCAGAAUGCGCAGCGGGAGAACUUGCUUCAGGCGGCCACCCUAAUCUCAGACAUCGUCUACCUUCUCGGGGAGGUGAUGGUCCAAUUCCAUCGCAUCAGCGAUGGGUUGGGAGACUAUGGCAUGAUCCGGGUGGCCCCAUGGCUGCAUCCGAUCCUGGAGACUCUGCAGGAGAAGGUGCAGCAACUGAAGGGCAGCCUGGAGCAACUUUCUACUUUCCUGGACUCUGCUUAUGUUCUGGCACGGGCACGUGGCCAAAAGAUACCCAAGCCUGCGCCCUCGGACAAGAUGUGUGCCCGCGCCCGGGAUGCCAUUCAUCGGGCGCUGCUGGGCAGCACCAGCCACGCGAGUCAGCUGCUACAGCUGGCCGAAGAGCUUAGGGUGCGCUCGGCACCCGAGCGCUUGCCGCAUCUGGCCAAGGGACUUGGCGAUGCAUGUGUGACUUUGAGCGAAGUCUUGGUGUCCGCAGAGUUCCGACGUCAUGUUGGUGAUGCCUUCCCGCGAUUGCCUAGAUUGCUAGACCUGGGCGCAGAUGCCAAGCCUCGUGCAAAAACGACAGCCAUAGUCGGCAUGCCUACGCUGGCUUUGGAAGACACUCGAGAUGUGCCAGACGCGGGGAUGCACGCUUUUACAGAGAGGCCAAUCGUGUGCCGACGUGACCCACAUGACUCGAUGGCAAUGGUGCGGGUGCGCACAGAGCCUAAAACUGCACAGGUCAUGAAUGCCAGCCUUUGGGCAGAUACAGACGUCCAGGACACGAUAUCCACAUCAGCCACGCCACGCGCCAUGGCACGUGAGAAUUCUCAGAGUUGCAGCAGCUGCUGCUCGGCUCAAAGCGUUGGCAUCCCCAUAAGUGGCCCGGUGAUGACCUUCGAGGUUAACCGCCUCACAUCCUUUGAGCCGUUAAAAAGGCACGACCGCCGACGGAUCGAACUUCGAAAUGACGAGCUCCUGAUAUACAGCACGGGCUCACAAUCCAGAAUUAAAUCUGCAGUGCAGCUGCCCGAAGGGGUGGAACGCGUGUUCUUCCUGUCUGAUACUGUGCUCGAGGCAUGCUUCUCACUUGUUCCGGCCGAUGCCGUUCCAGGAGGUGGCGUGGUACGGCCCAAAGACUACAUCUUCGAGUUUGCCACAUCUGAGCAGGCCGAUAUCUUUUGCGAGGAGCUCUGGCAGCGUGGAGUCAGAUGA